AUGGUCCGUGCACUUGUUCUGAGCGACGCACACAUUUCGCGCGGGAACGCUGGUUUCGACGACGCUUUCUUGACUUGGAUGCGUCAGAACUUGCCGGACUUGAUCUUAUGCGCCGGAAACCUCGGACCUCUUGCAGCCCUGCAGGCACUCGCGACGUACACGCCAAAGAUCCAUGUUGUUCAAGGUGAUUGUGACUCUUUUGCAGCACCAGAGCGCCUUCUCAUGCGUGUUGAUGAUGUUACAAUCGGUAUGCUGCAUGGGUACCAGCUGGCCUCGAGUACUAAAGAGACCAAUGGAACACUCACCAUCAAUUCCAGCGUGCUUCAACUUGUAGCAGCUGACAUUGGUGUCGAUCUGCUCAUCGUGGGGGGCCCGUAUGGCCCCCGAAUUCAUCAGGUUUCAGUUGCAUCAAAAACGUGUUUUAUUAUCUUGCCAGGCUGCCUAGCAGGCCCAGAAAAUACAUUUACGCUGGCGAGGCGCCUCGAGCGAGAGCGCGAAACGCGCCUGAAGCCAUCGCCACCUGCGAGCGAGGAGGAACAGGGCAAAAGCUCUGUAAGUUUAGCCUAUAGAGGCCCAUCGAUGAUCGCCAUGGAUAUAAGCCGAGCCGGUGCGGAUGUUUACGAACUUAUCCUGGAUCCAAAAGAUACCAGCAAAGUUCAAAUAGGCGAUGUGCAGCGCCUGAACUUGUGA